AUGGCGGCGUUAAACAUCCUAAUGUGUCUGCUGUCCAGAGAGAAUAGACAACCUUCAUUCAAAGCCAAGGCGGAGGAUGAACAUUCGGGAAGAAAGCGCCACCUGGACUUCUUGGACAUUCUGAUAGCGGCACGUUACCACGCCGUCGUAGGACUGACGGAUAAGGAGACGCAUAACACGACAAGACGACUUUUGCCAUCAGCUGGUGCAUUAGCAGCCUCGAUCUGCAUCCCAGCGUUACAGGAUGUGAUGAGGGACGAAGUGGACGCCUUUCUUGCAUUAGACGACGACCACUUUACGUGUGAAAUAAUUGCACAGAUCAAUGCCGCCCAGUCUCGCUUCCUGGCCCGACCUCUGAUGAUGGAGGGCAAUACGUUACCUGCGGGCCAGGUUAUCGACAUCCAGAAGAUUGCAUUGAACCACAACCCAGCCGUCUGGGGAGAUGACCAUUAUGAAAUAAACCCUAGAUAUUUCUCUCCGUAA